AUGCGAUGCUCGAGCAAGGCCGCCGAGAGCGCGUCCGCACGUCUCUGUGCGGACGCCGAAGCAGAAACCGCAGCAAUUGAUGUCUCAUCGGUUGCUGAAGCGACUCAGCCUGUGUCACCUGGUGAUGCAGGCGCUCGUCAUGAAGACACUCAUGUCUUCACAGAGUAUGAGCUCGGUGUUUCAUACUCUCCUGAUACGGAAGACGGAUCCGUAUCGACGACGAUCGAAUCCAAGCCGCCUGCCAAGCGUGGCAUGGAUGAUGCUAUGCGUCGUAGCAUCUUUGGUUCAUCUGAUGAAUCAGAUGAACCAUCGCCGAAGCGAAGGCGCUCGAGGUCGCGAGACUCGGGCGCUAACAGUGGUUUCGGUUCUCCUAGGGAGAAAGGAUUACCCUGCCUCUCUUGGGGAGACUCGUGCCCAUCUUGUGUGAACAACUCUGCACGAGCACCUAAGGAGGCUUACCUCCUUUCUAGCCCGUGGUGGCGCGUACGUAUCUCUAGUGAGAUGUACGAAGGGAUUGACAACCUGAAAUCCCUUUACGACCGUGCCGGGAGGACUUUCUCCGGCGGUCCGUCUGCGGCAAAGGAUGUGCCGCGUCGUACUGCUCAACCAGACCCAGUACGUCAAUCAUCAGUUGGAAGCGGGUCUCCCAAGUAUCCCAGGACGGGGGAUAGCCGCGCCACCGGACGAGGUAACUCGUCCGACGGGGUGGAGGAGGAGGGAAGACGCUCUCCAAACAAUCGUGGGGAAGCGUGUGUUCCUGAGAGCUUCUUCGAUCGCGUAACGCAAGGGUUACGCGGCGAUCUCGAACAUGAGCGGUACAGGCGUCUCCAACUGGCGGACGCUGUCUUGAGGCAUCGAGCUGAGUUUGCCUUUGCUCUGCUUGAGAACGAGAGAGCUCUGACAUCUCUUCGUGACGAGCUAAGGGUAGCUCGUGUGGAUAUUGACCGGUCUCGGGAUGAGAUAACUGCUCUUCAGACCCUUGUCGAUGCCCACCAUCGGGAGCACAAGGCUCUCUGCGAGAUGCUUGAGCGCAAGGGCGUUCUUCAUCGGAAGAAGCAGCGUACUGAUGGUACGGCUUAA